AUGUCGGCACCGCACGUGCUGCGCUGCAGCAGCAGAACUGCUGCGCUGCAGCUGUCUCCUUCUUUGCUGCUGUCUCCUGAUUUUAAUGUAGAGGGCCUAGAAGGGCUUAUGUCUGUCGAUGGUAUCGUCAGCAGGUUGCUGCCGCAGAAGCAGCCGCUGCUGCUCAGAAGAGAACAAAGAAAAAAACAGCAGGGCCUGCUGCACACCCAGCAGCAGCAGCAGCAGCAAGUGCAGCAGCAGCAGCAGCAAAGUGGCAGCAGCAGCAGCAGCAGCAGCAGCUGGGGUGUACAAAGAGUAAGGCUUAGUUAUAGAGAGACAAAAACACUGAUAGAUGAAAACACAAACAGAGACUGUCUCCUUGCUGCAGCAGCAGCAGCAAUCGAAGCAGAAGCAGCACUGGGCUACCCGCAGAUUGUACACGGCAUCUGGCAGCCCCCCGAUGAGCCCCCAGUAGCAGCAGCAGCAGCAGGAACAGCAGCAGCAGCAGCAGCAACAGCAGCAGCAGCAGCAGCAGCAGGAGCGGGAGCAGGAGCGGGGGAAGGAGGAGCAGCUGCAGCAGGUUCAGGUUCAGCAGCAACAACACCAACAGCAGCAGCAACAGCAGCACCAGCAGCAGCACCAACAGCAGCAGCAGCAGCACCAACAGCAGCACCAACAGCAGCAGCAGCAGCAGCAGCAGCAGCAAACAAGACAAAAGGAUGGAAGCCAAGAGGGACAGUAACUCUUCUCUCUUCUCGAUCUGUUGUGCUGCCGGAAGGAGACAGCUGGGGGGGGGCAGAGGAGACAGAUGCAGCAGCAGCAGCAGCAGCAGCAGCAGCACUUUGUCUAGCUGACGAUAUCCUACCCUCCUUCUCACCAACAUUACCAGAGUAA